AGGAGCGCUCCAGGCAAGGCGCUUCGGGAGGUGGAUUCUUUGGUCGCCGCGGAUGGCAUCCACGCACGACCUCGUGACACAGAACUUCGCCAAACUUCCGGUGGGCGUCGUGUGCGCCACAGACAUGCAGUUCAAAGGCAAAGGUAUGAUUGGAAUAAUCAACCACACCCGCCUCGUCCUACCGGAGGCAGCUCCCCUCCACGUGGCCGCUGCAAGAGCAGCCGUCGGAUCCUGACGCGUCGUCGACGAUGACUACGGCAGGUGUGACGCGCCGGCGCCGGAUACAGUAACCGUGAUAGCUGACAGGCGUCGGCUCCGUUGAUCGCGUGAAGUGAGGUACCAGCGACCAUGACCUUGAUGAGAGGCAGGCGGUAAAGUCGAAACCGCCUUGUCCAUGGCUGCAGGUUGCUUCCCGAUCAGUCCAAGAUCCGUCCGAGCCGACGGCAAGACGAACGCUUCCCAUGUGCAGUGCACAUAGUAGGUUGAUCGGCACAGUGGAGGACAGGGAAGGAGGAGAAGGAUGUGAGGUGUGUAGAAUUGGGCGCAAAGGGAGACGAUCAAGAUGGUGGAGCAGAAUCCAGAGGACGCCGGGAGACCAGAUUGCCGCACAGGAAACCUGCCGAGCCGACAUUGACGCCAAGUGCGGCGAUGCCGCUUCCAAUGAUUGUGAGGGCAAGUUCUUCCCGGGCUUUACCAAGAUCAACUAUGAGGGUCCAACUAGCAAGAGGGCGCUUGCUUACAAGUGGUAUAACAUAGAGGAAGUGAUUCUUAUAAAGAAAAUGAAAGGUACUGCAAUGCUAUGGGUUGAUAAAGAAAAAAGGGAAAUAAACGAGAAAGCAAGACGGAAUUGGCAGAAUCACGACAAAGGACGUGCCCUGCAAUGAAUUGAGAAUCGCUACUGGAAUAUUUCUUUAUUUCUUUUUGGUAAUCUUUUUCUGGGACUCCAAUUUGUUCACUUGAUGUUGAUGGGUGUUUUCGAGGGAUCUCAUACUGUUUUUCUGCCAUACCGCAUACAUCCUGAGACUCUUGUUUUGGACGUUCACGCUGUUCACUAGAUGGUUUUUCUAGAUUCUGCCGCCGAAGAUGAAGAGAGUGCUGCUGUGUUUCUUCGGAGCGAAAUGGCAGAGUUGCCUCAACAUAUCUAAGGUCCCACUGAACCAGGUUGAGAAGUGGAACAAGCAGAGGGAGAAUGAGACAUUUGCAGGGCCCCUCGAAAUCGUCUGUUUGAGAGUCUCCUCGGUUGCUUUUGUGUCUGCGCUACUACUGACUUGUAGUUGGAAUUUAUGCUCCUGUCAUGUACUCUCUUCCAACAAUCGCUGCAAAACAUCAAGUGAUGCUUUUCUCUAUGUUGCAUAAAUAGUUCAGCAUGCUUAAAUGUACGCAUGUCUUGCCUGGGACUUGUGAAUGCCGAGAACCAAUGAGACAUUUUUGGUUCUAAGUCAUGCUGAUGUGAGAGAAUAUGUUGUUGUUAUG